AUGGAUCACUCUGGCGGACUCCUUGAUCUGCUCAUAGGGUUUCUUGAGGGACGAGUGUCAAAGGAGGAGUAUUGUCUCAGUUGCGCUGCCAUCUGCACAAGCCUCCGGUCUGGUGCCUUCCUUUAUUCAGGAAAAGAGUACUCCUCGUUCAUCGCGGACAUUCAGGAGUCCCGGUGCUUUGCUGCCUUGCAGGAACAAUACAAGUAUCUUGACGAGCGAAUCCACUUUCUGUCUGAAGCAUUUGCUAAGGCCUAUCCUCCUGAGGCUUGCGAGUUGAUCAGAGAGAACUACUACGCUCUAAAUAAUGAGCUCCAGGACACAGAAAAUAAGUUUAAAGACCAUAGAAGCGACAUGACCACACUAAACUCCCUUAAAGAGGAAGUGAAAAAGAGUAUAAAGGACUUUGAAGAUACUGCCAACAAACUCUCUAAAGCACUCUUUCAUUCCUUCAAUGCUGACACGGGGAACUGGCGUACAAAGGAAUGGAACCAAAAACGAUAUUCGGCCCGGUUGCCUGCGACUGGUGGAAGACGUAAGAAAUUCAGUAGGGAAGGAGGCGCUCCUGUGGAGUAG